ACACGCUUCUUUAGGUGCCAGCUGUAUAACCAACUGGACUGACUGUGCGCAAAGCAGCCGGCGCAGCUCGGAUUUACUGUGCGCUCUGCUGGCUCUGUGUCACUGCUAUGGACUCGUUGUGAGAGAGGAGACAAAAGACUCUGGAAUACAUGUUUGGAAUUUGGCUUUUUGUUAGUUUCUCCAAUGCAAAAGAAAAUAUGUGGCAAAGCUUCGCCUUUUUCCUCACCGCUUUGCUUGGGUUGUGUUCAUGUUCAAGUUUCCCAAGUAAUAUCAACAUAGGAGGUUUGUUUCCAACCGACUCCCACGAAUAUGAUGUUUUCCGCUUCGCGCUCUCUCAGCACAAUGAUGUUCCUAAACUGGUACCUCAGGUGGACAUGGUGGACACGGGGAGCAGCUUUGCCAUGACAUAUGCCUUUUGUUCGCAGUUCUCCAAAGGAGUCUACGCCAUCAUUGGUCUUUAUGACAGGAAGACCAUGAAUAUGCUCAUGUCGUUCUGCGGCGCCCUGCAUGUGUGCUUCGUCACGCCCAGCUUCCCCAUCGAAACAAACAACCAGUUUGUGAUCCAGCUGAGACCAGAGCUCCAGGAUGCUCUGAUUGCCCUUGUUGAGCAUUACAAGUGGACUAAGUUCGUCUACAUGUACAGCUCAGACUCAGGUUUGACUGUGCUGCAGAAGAUUUUGGACACGGCUGCUGAGAAGACCUGGCAGGUGACAUCCAUCAACUUUGACACGCUGACUGAGGUAGCAUUCUUGAAAGCCAUCCAAGAUCUGGAAAAUAAGAAGGAGUACAAGAUUAUUCUGGAUUGUGAGCUGGAGAGACUCAAUUCCAUCAUAAACUUGAUUGCUGCACAAAAAAAGAACUUGAAGAACUACCACUACAUACUGGCAAACCUGGGAUUUCUUGAUCUUAAUCUAACCGAAUUCAGGAAGGGAGGUGCUAAUGUGACAGGCUUUCAGCUCAUGAACUACACAGACCCCACUGUCAGCAGGACAAUACAGGACUGGCUGGAGUUUGACAGUAAAGAUGUGAAAAUUCCCAAAAGGAGGCUCAAGUACACUGGAGCGCUCACAUAUGAUGGGGUGACUGUCAUGGCUACCGCCUUCCAGAACCUGAGAAAGCAACGCAUUGAUAUCUCUCGUAGGGGGAAUGCAGGAGAAUGUCUGGCCAACCCGCCUGCACCCUGGGGACAAGGCAUUGACAUUCAGAGAGCCUUACAGCAGGUACAGUUUGAAGGACUAACGGGACACGUUCAGUUUAACGACAAAGGACAUCGAACCAACUUCACUGUCAACGUGAUGGAGUUUGGCCCAGGCGGACCCAAGAAAGUGGGCUACUGGAAUGAGCGUGAGAAAUACGUGAGCACAGCUGCCUACAGCAACAUACUCAAUGAGACAUUUGGACUGCAAAACAGGACCUACAUUGUCACCACCAUCCUUGAAUCUCCCUAUGUGAUGUUGAAGAAGAACCAUGAGCAGCUAACGGGUAAUGAAAAGUAUGAGGGUUACUGUGUGGAGCUGGCUGCAGAGAUCGCCAAGCAUGUGGGCUAUUCCUACAGGCUAGAGCUUGUGGGGGAUGGAAAGUACGGAGCUAGAGACACAGAGACAAAGAUGUGGAAUGGAAUGGUUGGAGAACUGGUGUAUGGUAAAGCAGAUGUAGCUGUGGCUCCCCUCACCAUCACUUUGGUUAGAGAGGAGGUUAUCGACUUCUCCAAGCCCUUCAUGAGCUUAGGCAUCUCCAUUAUGAUCAAAAAGCCCACCAAGUCCAAGCCAGGUGUCUUUUCCUUCCUGGACCCGCUGGCCUAUGAGAUCUGGAUGUGUAUUGUGUUUGCUUACAUCGGCGUGAGUGUGGUGCUAUUCUUGGUGAGUCGCUUCAGUCCGUAUGAGUGGCACGCAGAUGAUGAAGAGGAGGGAACAGAACAGCAAAGCCAGAAUCAGAACCAGUCGCCAUUACCAGAAGCCAACGAGUCGCCAAACCAGCACAGUCAGAAUCAGCGAGAAGAGAAGCCGGAGAAGCAACCAGAGCACAACAAUGAGUUUGGGAUCUUCAACAGCCUAUGGUUUUCCCUGGGAGCCUUCAUGCAGCAAGGAUGUGACAUUUCACCAAGAUCUCUCUCCGGUCGCAUAGUUGGAGGUGUCUGGUGGUUCUUCACUCUGAUCAUCAUUUCCUCAUACACAGCCAACCUGGCUGCCUUUCUCACAGUGGAGAGGAUGGUGUCGCCCAUCGAGAGCGCAGAGGAUCUGGCCAAGCAAACAGAUAUUGCCUAUGGGACUCUGGAUGGAGGAUCCACCAAAGAGUUUUUCAAGAGAUCGAAGAUCGCAGUAUUUGAGAAGAUGUGGUCCUACAUGAAGUCUGCAGAGCCAUCUGUAUUUGUGAAGACGACAGAUGAAGGUGUCGUGUGGGUGAGAAGGUCCAAAGGGAAAUAUGCUUAUCUGUUGGAGUCCACUAUGAAUGAGUACAUCGAGCAGCGCAAACCAUGUGAUACCAUGAAGGUGGGAGGGAAUCUGGACUCAAAGGGAUAUGGAGUAGCUACACCUAAAGGAUCUGCCCUAAGAAUCCCCGUAAACCUAGCGGUGUUGAAACUCAAUGAGCAAGCCGUCUUAGACAAACUGAAAAACAAAUGGUGGUACGAUAAGGGGGAGUGUGGAAGCAAGGACUCCGUAAGAAAGGAUAAGACCAGUGCUCUGAGCCUCAGUAAUGUGGCUGGAGUUUUCUACAUUCUGAUUGGUGGUCUGGGGCUGGCCAUGCUGGUGGCCCUGGUUGAGUUCUGUUACAAAUCCAGAAUCGAGUCUCAAAGGAUGAAGCAAAUCAUUGAUGCAGCCAUGCUGAGCUCCACAUUGACCAGGAUGGGCAGUGGAGGAGAGAACGGUCGUGUGAUGGCCCAUGACUUCCCCAAAGCGGCACAAACUCUGCCAUGUAUGGGCCAGGCUGCUGCCAUGGGCCUAAGCACCACAGGGAUGUAAACGGUCAACAGGGCACGAGGGCUAAGACAUGAGGGCUAAAAACAAACAAUAGAGAGAGUGGGAUAGAAAGUGAGAGAGCAGUGCAGCAUACAACUCACCUGCCACUGAAAUACUGCCAGAUGAAUUCAUUGACAACACUCUGGACUCCACAAGAAAUUGGAUAAGGAUGGAGGAAACUUUUCUAAUAACAAGAUGUAGUCAUUUUUUCUGCUUCGGUGCAAUAAGGAGACCAUGUGUGAGGUUUUUGUAUGAAGCAUCAUUUUUGUGUACUUGAGAAAACUGAGAAAUGUUUCCCUCACUUUCACAAAUUAGUGACAACUGACCUACGCUGUUUCUUUAUUAUCUUGUUUCCCGCAAAAUCACCUCACAACUAAUUAUGAUGCACAUUUAAUACUCUUUGUUGCUUGCCUUAUGACAUCUUUGUUCUUUCUACUCUGUAAAAAGUGAAUACGGGCAGUUGUUACCUUAAAGGAUUAGUUCACCCAAAAAUUUAAAUUCUGUCAUAAUUUACUCACCCUUAUGUUGUUCCAAAACCGUAUGACUUCUGUUUAACACAAAAGGAAUUUUAAUGAAUAUUUUGGCUUGUCUUUUAAAUACAAUGGCAGUUCAUAGCUGAAAACUACGCAAGUAAACAAGCUUCUCUCAUAACACUCAUGAACGUGCAACUGACGUCAAGAUCUACACUGAAAAACAACUUUAAUUUUGGGUUAUUUCUCACUAAAACCUAUUGUAUACCUUCAGAAGUCUUGGAAUAUGAUGCACAAGCCACAUGGACUACUUUUGAUACUUUUGGGUCUUUUUUUUUAAGCUGUAAAUUGAGUCAGCUGCCAUUGUAUUGAAAGCCCAGAGCUGAAAUAUACAGUUGCUAAGGUACUGUAGUGACACUAUUAAUUCACAGAUAUUUCAGUAAAAUUACUAAAUAUUCUUUUUUUUUUUACUGAUGUUCUCCUCUGAAAAAGUGCAAGUGUGCUAUAUCAGUGUGUCCGCUCCAUUGCAGUCUACAAGUGUCUUCCGUACCAACCAAAUUGAUUGGCAAGCCCAUCUAGGGAAGGAGAAUUUUUUCAUAGGGAGGAAUAGAUUGAUUACUAGUCCUGUCAUGGUUACUGUAGCCCAUAGUCUCACCCUUUACGGAUGAACAUUUUGGAUCAAUCACCUGUUUUCUGUCCAUGCUCACUGAUAGAGUCUGAGAGUUACAAAAGAGAGUGCAAGGAAUACACAAUUCCACUUUUUGUGUUGCGUUUUUAUUGUAUUACUAUUAUCAUUUUUUACACUUCCAAUCGCAGUGGUUUUCAACUGGUGGGUUGUUACUCAAAAAUAGGAUUACAGGUCUGUUAUGAAGAGUUGUGGACAUCAGGGAACAAAACUAAUUCUAAAUGCAAAUAAUGCAAUGCAAAUUAUCAUAUAAUAGGCUUUUCAACAUCAACAACAAUGUGUUCACUUCUGCUGUUGUUCAAGCAUUAUCAGAAUUGUCUGUUUUCCUUUUCAGCCAAUGUAAUGUUAAUAAUUUUUAGAUAAAGGUAUCCACUGCAAAUUACUAAUCUGAUUACUUUACUGAUUAUUUAAUCAAAAAAGUAAUCACAUUUAUACUUAUUAUUUUACUUUUACAUUACUUACUAAAUUAAUUUCUAUAGAAAAGUAGUUUGUUUUGCUCAACAAAUUCAAAAUAAUGUCUAUAUAUCCUCCUUGUUCACUUUCACAUAUAAGUCACACAUUCAGCACCACAGGUUUCUCCCUAACAAUGAAUAUUAGGUGGCAUACGGCCUUCAGCUGGCACAGAAAUGCAAACAGACUUACAUAUAAACAGAAAUUGUCUUUUAAAAUCCAUAUAAAUAAUACUAUUUUAGAAAUGUGUUACCCAAGUAAUGUACUGUAUUUAAUAGUAAUUAACUUAAUUGAAAUUCAGUAACUGUAAUCCAAUUACUAGAAUUUAAAAUGUAAAUACUUUUUGACUUUAAUGUAAUUAAAUUACAGUAACUAAUUACUUCAUAAUCAGAUUACAUUGAUCAUUUAGCAUAUUGUUAGCCUUGUGGGAAUAUUAAUACAUUUAAUUUUGUAUUAUAAGAACAGUUUUAUAACCCAAACCUAACUCUAACUCUUUUGUACAACAAACAGUUUUGUUACAUUAAUGGGUUGUCAUUGUAAAACAACCCAUUAAGAACCACUACUUUACAUUGUAAACUCUCUGUUUAAGUAGCUGAUGGUAUGUGUUGUACAUCAUUCCCACACUGAACUGCUAAUGAGGUCAUCUCUGUACAAAAACAGUCGGAGCACACAGAUGUGAAAUAAUAAACAGAUCUCAGCAGGAGUACUCAGGAGACCUCUCCAUCCACUUACAACCCUUAGACAUUCUGUUUGUAAUAUUGUCACUGUAAUAGCAGUUGAAACAUUGUUAGUGUAAACACCAAUUCCAUGCAAAGUAUUUUAUGGAAAUCUGCCUAAUAGCUGAAAAAGGGACAGCCACAUAAAUUACUCUUGCUGUGAUAUUAAUAAGGUGAUUUAAUAGCCUGACUCUAACAGUCCAAUUGAGAGGAACAAAGCAUGGUGGCAAUAUCCAGCUUAUUGGUUUGCCUGUUACUGCAGUCAUUGAUUUAUGCUCCAAUAAAGUUUGCACACUUUUGGAUAAAUAGACAACAUAUGAUGUCAUUAACGAACAAUGAUACUCUUGGAUUCUAUUUAAAAGUAUUGCAUCCUAAGCUGAGACUUUAUCACUUUUUUGAAUUUUGAGGUGCCACAUUGGGCCUGUUUCUGUACUCGACUGGAUGCAUUGAUUCAAGCACAGAACUGGAUGCGAGAUUGAACAGCAUCACAAUCAGACAACCUCUUGUAUUGAGAGCUCUAAUGGACCUGAUCAUCAGAUAUGGAAGAGCACAGGGGUAAAACUGAAUGUCAAUAAAGCACAAGAUUUACCCAUACAGGAGAACGUUCUCUCACCAGUAAGUAUUUGUCAAGGUUCUGUGGUGAGUCUUUCUCUGUUUGCAUACUUUGGCAUAGCACAAUGGAGAGAGAGCUUCAACGAUCCUUACACCGUCUAUCAUUUUUAUUGCUGAUUCCAUUUGUACAAAAUAGAGAUAACGAGGUAGAGUAUCAACCAUAACAUGAUGUGAAACAUUAGUGCUGACAAAAUGGUGCUUUGUGGCCUUUGUUUUGCAUUCAGUUGGUUAUUUAUGUAGCUGAUUAUAUUUGGAUUUAUUUCUGGUCUUGUAUUUAAAGUGGACUUCUGUAUUUUAGAUGUUUUUUCUUUUCUCUUGGGGUUGACAUUUCUAUGUUUAUAUUUCCUUUAGAAAAUUGUCUUUUUCACAUUCUCCUUAAAAAAAAAAAAAUUUUUAGAAAACAGCAGCAAGAUGUAACAGCAAGAAGCCAACGUGUUGACAAGGAGUAUUCAGAAAUAAACUUUUCUUACUAAACUGUUUUUGCAUUCUGUCAAGUUCUAUUUCUGCUUAUUGACCUUUAUUUGUUUGUUACCCUUUCCUCUUAAAUGUUGAUGUUUAUGUGUUUUAAAGAGUUAGUUUGCCCAAAAAAUGAAAGUUCUGUUAUCGUUUAUUUACCCUCAUGUUAUUCCAAACCCAUGUGAUUCCAAGUCUUCUGAAGCCAUACGAUAGCUUUGUGUGAUGGACAGACCAAAUUGUCGUUAUUCACUGAAAAUCUUCCCAUCCAUCACAGCUUUCAAAUCUCAUUUGUGUUCGUCUACAUUCAAAUAUGGCAUUUCAAGAUACAGUACACUGCACCACGUUUGAUGGUUCUUACAGUUCUCAUAACCGAUUGCAACAUGCCAGAUUUGAAUAUGAGAUUUUCAUUUUCACUUAAAUUUCAGUGUGUUCGUCACACGAAGCUAUCAUAUAUGGCUUUAUAAAGACUGAAUAAAAUAGACAAGUCGUAUGGACUAUUGUUAUGAUCCUUUUAUGGUGUUUAUGUUAUUUUUGGAGCUCAACAACAUCCAUCCCCAUUCACUUUCAUUUUGUGGAAAACGACAGCAUGAACAUUCUGCCCAUGAUCUCCAAUUGGGUUCCAUCAUAUGGGUUUGGAACAAUAUGAGGGUGAGUAAAUGAUGACAGACCUUUUAUUUUUUGGUGAACUGUUCCUUUAAGACUGGAUAGUACCAGUGGUCAUAGUUAUGCAGAU